AGAUAACCCAGAGGCAGGAAGGAAAACGGUGCGACAGUCAGCGCAUUAGUUGUUGAUGCCUGAAUUCUUAGGGUGUCUUUAUCUGAUCCACUCCUCCACCCAGAUCUUCCAGCGAGCCAGAAUGGAGGAAGGACUAAGCAAUCAGAAACCCUUCUAUUUCUGUGGUAGGCUCACCUCAGCAUAAAGUAUUACUAGUUCUCGGAAUUGAAAAUUGUUCAUCAUAGCUUUUGCGGGGUAGACAAGGGGAGGGCUGCUAGUUAAAUAGUUAAGUUGCAUGCUCAAAUUUGAUUCACUUUUAUUUUAAUGAGAAUGUGCGUAUGUAAAUUGCUGGCAUCAGAGUUUACACAGGUGGGACAAACAAGCUGCGCAGCCUCACUGCCCCAGGUAUGAAUAAAGCUGUGGAUUUAAAAAAAAAAAAAAAAAACAGUUUUUUUUUCCCCUAAGAUCUCGCCGACUUCCUCUUAGACCUCUGAAUUUAGUGUCUCAAAUAGCCCACUCUUCGCUGACAAGAAGUAAUCACAGGAUUUGUUUAUUUCCUCCUACCCCCCGAAACUUUUUGUCCGCGAAGGGGGGAGAGAGGUCGAAGCCUGGAGAGCUGGGCGUCAAGGAGGAAAUUAUCCAAGAGGGGAUGGGGGUGAGGAGGGCGGGAAAGCAUUAGGGUCAGUACGGAAGCUCUGAGACUUUGGGGACGCUCCGCGCUCUCCCCGCUCCAGCCCUCUGCAGCCACCCUUUACGCCGCGGACACGGGAGAGUUAAGCCAAUAAACACGUAAGCGCCGCUCCCUCCCCAAUCGGCAAGAUGCCUCUUCGGCUCUAGGCUGCAUCGACAGCUUGCAACACUCGGCAUCUUUUCUGGAGGCGCCUCCUUCAGCGGCUGCAGAUGGCAUCCGGCUGAGGGCUCGGAGCUCGCAACUGACUCUUUCCCUUGCCCACCUCGGGUCCACGGACGCAACUCUCGCUUCCCCUCCUCCCCUCGUGCUCCUGGGUCUGAGCCCAGCUGGCGAUCAUCAGGCGGAGGAAGCAGUCGAGCGGCGGCCGAGGCUGAGCAUCAGCGCGCUCGCUCCCUGAUUUGGGGAGAAGCGCCCAUCCCGGAGAGCCGACCCCCAGCCGCCUCCAGCGCCCCCCACCUUUUGCACCCCAAGCCAGGGGUUCCAAGGACCCCUCUCCCCAGGCGCCACCAUGCUAGACCCUUCUUCCAGCGAAGAGGAAUCGGAUGAGAUCGUGGAAGAGGAAAGCGGCAAGGAGGUGCUCGGCUCGGCCGCGUCCGGGGCUCGCCUGUCUCCCAGUCGCACCAGCGAGGGCUCGGGCGGCGGCGCCGGGCUGGGGAGCGGCGGCGGUGCCGGCGCCGGGGCCGGGGUGGGCGCCGGCGGCGGCGGGGGCAGCGGCGCGAGCAGCGGCGGCGGGGCCGGGGGGCUGCAACCUAGUAGCCGUGCAGGUGUCGGCCGGCCCUCCAGCCCCAGCCCGUCGGUGGUAAGCGAGAAGGAGAAGGAGGAGUUGGAGCGGCUGCAGAAGGAGGAGGAGGAAAGGAAGAAGAGGCUGCAGCUCUAUGUGUUCGUGAUGCGCUGCAUCGCCUACCCCUUCAACGCCAAGCAGCCCACCGACAUGGCUCGGAGGCAGCAGAAGAUCAGCAAGCAGCAGCUGCAGACUGUCAAGGACCGGUUUCAGGCUUUCCUCAAUGGGGAAACCCAAAUCGUGGCUGACGAAGCCUUCAUGAAUGCUGUCCAGAGUUACUAUGAGGUCUUCCUGAAGAGUGACCGCGUGGCCCGCAUGGUACAGAGUGGGGGCUGCUCUGCCAACGACUCUCGAGAAGUCUUCAAGAAGCACAUCGAGAAACGGGUACGCAGCCUGCCUGAGAUCGACGGCCUCAGCAAGGAGACAGUGUUGAGCUCCUGGAUGGCCAAGUUUGAUGCAAUCUACCGUGGGGAAGAGGACCCCAGGAAGCAGCAGGCCCGGAUGACUGCCAGUGCAGCUUCCGAAUUGAUUCUGAGCAAAGAGCAGCUCUACGAGAUGUUCCAGAACAUUCUUGGGAUCAAGAAGUUUGAACAUCAGCUCCUAUACAAUGCGUGCCAGCUGGACAAUCCAGAUGAGCAAGCAGCCCAGAUCAGACGAGAGCUGGAUGGACGCCUCCAAAUGGCAGACCAAAUAGCCAGGGAACGCAAAUUCCCCAAGUUUGUGUCCAAAGAAAUGGAAAACAUGUACAUUGAAGAGCUGAAGUCUUCAGUCAAUCUGCUCAUGGCCAAUUUGGAAAGCAUGCCAGUGUCCAAAGGCGGCGAGUUCAAGCUUCAGAAACUCAAACGCAGCCACAACGCUUCCAUCAUCGACAUGGGCGAGGAGAGCGAGAACCAGCUCUCUAAGUCAGAUGUCGUGCUGUCUUUCUCCUUGGAGGUGGUGAUCAUGGAAGUCCAGGGCCUCAAAUCCUUAGCUCCAAAUCGCAUUGUAUAUUGUACAAUGGAAGUGGAAGGAGGAGAGAAACUGCAGACUGACCAGGCCGAGGCUUCCAAACCAACCUGGGGCACCCAGGGUGACUUCUCUACGACCCAUGCACUGCCCGCUGUGAAGGUGAAGCUGUUCACAGAGAGCACAGGAGUCCUGGCCUUGGAGGACAAGGAGCUGGGACGGGUUAUUCUUCACCCCACCCCAAACAGCCCCAAACAGUCAGAGUGGCACAAAAUGACAGUCUCCAAAAACUGCCCCGAUCAAGACCUCAAAAUCAAACUUGCUGUCCGAAUGGAUAAGCCUCAAAACAUGAAGCAUUCUGGGUAUUUAUGGGCCAUCGGUAAGAAUGUCUGGAAGAGAUGGAAAAAAAGAUUUUUUGUACUGGUGCAGGUGAGUCAGUACACGUUUGCCAUGUGCAGUUACCGGGAGAAAAAAGCAGAGCCUCAGGAACUUCUACAACUGGAUGGCUACACUGUGGAUUACACAGACCCCCAGCCAGGUUUGGAGGGUGGCCGAGCUUUCUUCAAUGCAGUCAAAGAAGGAGACACCGUGAUAUUUGCAAGUGAUGAUGAGCAAGAUCGAAUUCUCUGGGUCCAGGCUAUGUAUCGGGCUACCGGGCAGUCACACAAGCCUGUGCCCCCAACCCAAGUCCAAAAACUCAACGCCAAGGGAGGGAAUGUGCCUCAGCUGGAUGCCCCCAUCUCCCAAUUUUCUGGACUGAAGGACGCAGAUAGAGCUCAAAAACAUGGCAUGGAUGAAUUUAUCUCUUCCAACCCCUGUAACUUUGACCACGCUUCCCUCUUUGAGAUGGUGCAACGUCUUACUUUGGAUCACAGACUUAAUGAUUCCUAUUCUUGCCUGGGCUGGUUCAGUCCUGGCCAGGUGUUUGUCCUAGACGAGUACUGCGCCCGAAAUGGAGUGCGAGGGUGUCACCGACACCUCUGCUACCUCAGAGACCUGCUUGAACGGGCAGAAAAUGGCGCCAUGAUUGAUCCCACGCUCCUUCACUACAGCUUUGCCUUCUGUGCAUCCCACGUCCACGGGAACAGUCAACAAAUGCAUGUGUACCUUAGUGGGCUGCCACCAAAUACAGACCCUGAAGGGAGCAAAACUCCCUCCCCAUCUGAACCAGAGGCUAAAAAAGAUACCAAAAAGGAAUCCAAAAAAAGAAAAAACCCCAAAACCCAGGCAAAUACAGAGCCCAAAAGGCCUGAUGGAAUUGGAACUGUGACUGUUGAAGAAAAGGAACGUUUUGAAGAAAUCAAAGAGAGACUCCGAGUCCUGUUGGAAAAUCAGAUUACACAUUUUAGGUAUUGCUUUCCAUUUGGUCGACCUGAAGGUGCUUUGAAAGCUACUCUCUCACUCUUGGAAAGGGUUUUGAUGAAAGAUAUUGUAACUCCAGUGCCACAAGAGGAGGUAAAAACAGUCAUUCGUAAAUGUCUAGAGCAGGCUGCUUUAGUCAACUAUUCUCGGCUCUCAGAGUAUGCCAAAAUUGAAGGGAAAAAGAGAGAAAUGUAUGAGCAUCCUGUCUUCUGCUUGGCCUCCCAAGUGAUGGAUUUAACCAUUCAGAAUCAAAAGGACGCAGAAAAUGUAGGCCGGUUAAUCACUCCUGCCAAAAAGCUGGAAGACACAAUACGUCUUGCUGAACUAGUCAUUGAAGUUCUUCAACAGAAUGAGGAACACCAUGCAGAGGGGAAAGAGCCACAUGUUGAUAAAGGAGAAGCCUUCGCGUGGUGGUCAGAUUUGAUGGUGGAACAUGCAGAGACGUUCCUGUCACUCUUUGCAGUGGACAUGGAUGCAGCGUUAGAGGUGCAGCCCCCAGACACAUGGGACAGUUUUCCACUGUUUCAGCUCCUGAAUGAUUUUCUGCGGACCGAUCAUAAUUUGUGCAAUGGAAAAUUUCACAAACACCUGCAAGACCUGUUUGCCCCACUUGUGGUUAGAUAUGUGGAUUUGAUGGAGUCCUCAAUUGCACAAUCCAUUCACAGGGGCUUUGAGCGGGAGUCAUGGGAACCAGUCAAGAGUUUAACCAGUAAUCUACCCAAUGUGAACCUACCUAAUGUGAACCUUCCCAAAGUACCAAAUCUACCAGUUAACAUCCCUCUAGGCAUCCCACAAAUGCCUACUUUUUCGGCACCGUCAUGGAUGGCUGCUAUAUAUGAUGCUGAUAAUGGAUCAGGCACUUCAGAGGAUCUGUUCUGGAAACUUGAUGCCCUUCAGACCUUCAUUCGGGACUUGCACUGGCCUGAAGAAGAGUUUGGAAAGCACCUGGAACAACGACUGAAGCUGAUGGCAAGUGACAUGAUUGAAUCUUGUGUCAAAAGAACCAGGAUUGCAUUUGAAGUUAAGCUGCAAAAAACCAGUCGAUCAACAGAUUUUCGAGUCCCACAGUCAAUAUGCACCAUGUUUAAUGUUAUGGUUGAUGCCAAAGCUCAAUCAACAAAACUUUGCAGCAUGGAAAUGGGCCAAGAGCAUCAAUACCAUUCAAAAAUAGAUGAACUAAUUGAAGAAACUGUUAAAGAAAUGAUAACACUCUUGGUUGCAAAGUUCGUUACAAUCCUGGAAGGAGUGCUGGCAAAAUUAUCCAGAUAUGACGAGGGGACUUUGUUUUCUUCUUUUUUGUCCUUUACCGUGAAGGCAGCUUCCAAAUAUGUGGAUGUACCUGAAGCUAAGUGUGUAAUGGUUUAUUGGCUUAUUUCUCAAAGGAUGGCAAAAUGGAAAAUUGGAAAACCCGGGAUGGACGUGGCUGAUGCCUAUGUGACUUUCGUUCGCCACUCUCAGGAUGUCCUCCGUGAUAAGGUCAAUGAGGAGAUGUAUAUAGAAAGGUUAUUUGAUCAAUGGUACAACAGCUCCAUGAAUGUGAUCUGCACCUGGUUGACGGACCGGAUGGACUUACAGCUUCACAUUUAUCAAUUGAAAACACUAAUUAGGAUGGUAAAGAAAACCUAUAGAGAUUUCCGAUUGCAAGGGGUCCUGGACUCAACCUUAAACAGCAAGACCUACGAAACUAUCCGGAACCGUCUCACUGUGGAGGAGGCCACCGCCUCUGUGAGCGAGGGUGGGGGCCUGCAGGGGAUCAGCAUGAAGGACAGUGAUGAGGAAGACGAAGAGGAUGAUUAGAACACUCGGGCCUGGAGUCCACUAGGACAGAGUCUUGUAAUCAAUGCAUGUCCUUAGUCCAUUAGUUAACCCAUUAGGGAACUUUCUGUCAACUCCCAUGCCCAUGAGAAGUGUACCAAUACAGUUGCCAUUUUAGCUAUGUGGUACCAAGAUUAGCAAACAACCUUUAACUCCACGAUUUCCUGAAUCCAUGUCUAUAUGUUUACAAGCAAUAUGGAGCACCAUUCUUUAAAUACCAUUUAUGGAGAAUACAUAGCUCUAUUGCUAGGUGUAUCCCUGUUAUCAGCAGAAUUCAAUGAUGCUUCAUUAAUGUGCUGUGUGUGCAUUGACGGUAAAUGGAAGUGAGGGCGAGUACACCGAGUACUUUCUUUGUUUCCCGUAUGUGGAUGCCAGUUAUUUAAAUGAGUAUAACAAAGUAAUUUAACUAAGACACAUAGAUCUACUUUGUUUUUCGGAAAACAAAAGGCAAGGCUCCAACAGCCAACUUUUGGUUCUUUCUGUUCUCCUAAAACUGCAAAAUGAACCCCUGAUGUCGUUGUUAGCCCCAUCCUUUCACUUAUCCAGAUAGUUACCCAAAAAAGGAUGGCUACAUACCAGUGGUUCGAUCUUCCUAAUUGCCAUGGCAAGGGUGAUCCUAUAUAACAUCCAGCACAGUUCAGAGCGACUGUCUUCUAUCAAAGUUUAUCCUAUUAAAUCUUACAUUUGCUUUUAUGUUUCGAUAACUGUGUAUGUAAAAAAAAAAAAAAAAAAGACCUUAAUAUUUAAAUUAUGACCCUAGACUAUAAAUGUGUUUAUAAUAAGAUAUGGAUCUUUCUUUCAGUAGAUUGUAGCCAUAAUUUAAAUUAUUUUGUUCCACACUGUUUUUUAUAUCUGUCAUGUACAUUGCAUUUUGAUCUGUAACUGCAUGACCCUGGGGUCCUCUGCAGAGCCCUUUCUUUCUGUGUAAAGUAGUGGAUCCAUCUUGCUUUUGCCUUAUAUAAAGCCUACAGUUAUGAAAGUGUGGAAAACUGUGGCUUCUCAAUAAAUAACUAUUGAAAUGUC